AAGGACGGUAUGGCCAACACUCACGAGAUCCGAGAGCCCGACCACCGGACGAUAUACCGGUUUAUGAGGACACUGUUCAGCGCCGCCCAACUGUCGCCGGAGUGCGCUAUCAUUACACUCGUAUAUCUCGAGAGACUGCUGACGUACGCCGAGAUCGAUAUCGUGCCGCAGACGUGGAAACGGAUCAUUUUGGGAGCCAUUCUUCUGGCGUCCAAAGUAUGGGACGAUCAGGCCGUCUGGAACGUCGACUACUGCCAAAUACUUAGAGAUAUCACUGUCGAAGACAUGAACGAACUCGAGAGACGGUUUCUGGAGCUCUUGCAGUUCAACAUCAAUGUGCCGUCGAGUGUAUACGCGAAGUAUUACUUCGACUUGCGGUCACUCGCCGAUCAAAACGACAUUACAUUCCCGACCGAACCCUUGAAUGAGGACAGAGCGCAACGCCUUGAGGCAAUGUCUCGUCUAUGCGAAGACAAGUUAAUCGAUUCCAAUCGAAACGGCUUCAAGAAGUGGUCGAGUCUGGACAGUAUACCACUGACGCGCCAAAGUGCUGCCAUUUUAUCGUGAUUUUCA